CACGUGACCGCAGUCAUGUGGCAAAAUGAGGAAGUGCCUCUGCCGCGGAAGACAAGUUUCUGCAGUGUGAAGUCUAACAUGACUGUCAAAUCUUUUUAUUUCAUCGUUUUAAUCUGUUUCUUGGAUUUGUUCAGUUCUCAGAACAUUAGUGCAAAGAGAGUUUGGCCUGUUCCUUACAGGCGAUUUGACCAACGACCUCCCUCUGACCCUUACUGCCAAGCGCUUUACCCCUUUUGUCCGACUGGAGACCCCGCUGGUCUCAUCCCCUACAUGAGAGGCAGUGAUGUCAUUUCUGUCUUUAGACUUCAAACUCCUGUGUGGGAAUUUAAAUAUGGAGACCUUUUGGGGAAAUUUCAUAUAAUGCAUGACGCCAUCGGAUUUGCCAGCUCAGAGACGGGAAGAAACUAUACCAUGGAAUGGUAUGAACUCUUCCAGCUUGGAAACUGCACUUUUCCCCACUUGAUAGAAGAGAAAGUGGCUCCUUUUUGGUGUAAUCAAGGUGCUGCAUGCUUUUUUGAGGGAAUAGAUGAUGUGCACUGGAAACAGAAUGGAACUCUGGAGAAAGUAGGAGAGAUUUCUGGUGAGCAGUUUAAUAAUUUGGCACAGUGGAUUCAAGAGGACAAUAAGACUGGUAUUUAUUAUGAGACGUGGACAGUACGGUCCAACCCAGGACCCAACUCCACCACAUGGUUUGACUCAUAUGAUUGUUCACAGUUUGUACAUCGCACAUACAGAAAAUUGGCAGAGCUUGGAGCCAAACUUUCAAGCAGAAGUCAGACAAACUACACCAAAAUCUACCUGUUCAGCGGUGAGCCUACCUACCUUGGAGAUGAUGGCAGCAUCUUUGAUCAACCCUCAAUGAAAACUCUUGCCACAGAUAUCAGAAACUUUUAUCAUUCAUUUCAGCCUCACCAGUCAAUGCUUCAGUUCAUUCUGAGCCUGAUGGAGGUCUAUAAAAAGGUAGUGCUGGAGAAGACUUUCUAUUUCUACUACAACUUCGAGUACUGGCACUUGCCAAUGAAGCCGCCCUACAUUCAGAUUACAUAUGAAGAAGUUCCUCUUCCAUGAUGAAGGCAGCCUUGAUCCUCACGCUAUAAAUCAUAAAAUAGUCAUUUGUCUCUUGUGAUUAGUCAAUGAUUAAUUUCACAGGUUAUGCUUUGCUGCAGGUGAGUAACAAUUAAACCUUGUGUUGUGCGUAAAUACCACACCUUUGCUCAAUUCUGAUGAGUCAGGAAUUGUUGAUUUGCUUUCUAUAAUAGCACAGCUCCGACUGUAGUUUAAGUCCUUAUUAUACAAGGGCUUGUAUGGAGGAAAUUUCAUGUUGGUAAAACGUCUGCAUGUGUUCUGUAGGGAGAAGUUUAUUUGGCAUUUUUGGAAGAUGCCUCCAGUGUCAUGACUUUGUAAGAGUCAAGUGCUUAUAUAGUACCAUUAAAAAAUAAUAAUAAAAUAAAUACCACAGUACUCUUUUACCUUGUGCAAUUCUAGGUUGCUUUUUGUAUUCGACACUCGGUUGAUUUGACAAAACACGAACCAUUAGACUUGUGGACCAAACUAAAACACAAAGUUUAAUGUGUCAUUAUUUAUAUGUUCUUUUAUUAACUGUAAUCUUUGGCAGAUUGUUGUGGUAUAAACACUUUAGGAGAUGCUGUUAUUAAAAAGUGUAAGCAACUGUGGCUGUAUCACAACACCCAAUGAUUAUUUCCUUAAUGAUGAUUAAACUCAUUUCUC